AUGGCAAGGGACAGAUAUAUGUGUGAACCGAAUAUUUUUUUUCGAUUAGAGAUCAUAAACAGUCGCACAACGGAUGGCCGACAGUACAAUCUAAAUGAUAAUGAAGUUGCAGCCUUGAUUGUUGGUGACCUGAGCGAAAACAAUUUCGAGUGUGAUGUUAUUGUUGAACAUCAUACAACUGGACUUCAACGGAUUACUGAUCUCUAUUCGUUUUUUAUGUCGAUGACAUACCCGUUAAUACAUCCUUACUGUGAAGAUGGGUUCAGAUAUCCAGCAGUGGAGCGGUUACCUUUCCAUCUUCCAGAUGAACAACUGGUUGUUUUUAACAAAAAUGAUAACCCGAAGUUGGUAGUGGUCAAACCUGGAAGAAGAGCUUAUGAUGCCAUUCUUGCAUCAAUGUACAAAGAUCGAGGAGACUUGAUUUUCAUUCACGGUCGUGGAGGAACGGAGAAAACUUUUCUCUGGAAUACAGUCGUAUCAAGACCUAGAUCAGAAGGAAAGAUAGUAUUACCGGUUGCUACUUCAGGCAUUGCAGCUUUGCUACUACCAAAUGGAAGAACGGCUCAUUCAAGAUUCCGAAUCCCAUUUGAUUUAAUUGCAGAGUCAACUUGCUAA